GCGCUUUCAUUCUGACACCUACAGACCCAGAGCAGUGCGGUACAGAGGACGCAGCACAAGGAACAGCACCGCGAUUCCAGGCAGACUCCCGAACAAGUCUGCAGGCGGAUAUUUGUACAAUGGCCAAUAGAACACCUGUCCACGCGACUGCAGUGAAGACUUGCGUUUUUCUGCAUUUGCUGGUGUUUUUAGCGGAAUCUGCGAAGGAGGGCAGCUUAUACAUGUGGAUCGAUUCGAACCAAGCCAGAACCCUAAUAGGUUUUGAGGAAGAUAUUUUAAUUGUGUCUGAAGGGAAAAUGGCCCCUUUUACUCACGACUUCAGAAAAGCGCAGCAGAGGAUGCCAGCUAUUCCUGUCAAUAUUCAGCACAUGAAUUUCACCUGGCAAGCGACAGGGCAGGCAGAGUAUUUCUAUGAGUUCCAGGCAUUAAGGUCUCUAGACAAGGAUGUGAUGGGGGACCCCACUGUCAAUGUGCCCCUGCUGGGGAUGGUUUCACAAAAACCCUCAGUGGUUCAAAUUGGUUUCCCCUGCCUUGGAAAUCAGGACGGAGUGGCCGCGUUUGAAGUCACUAUUCUUGUAAUGGACGCAGAAGGCAACAUUAUUCUUCGGACUCCCCACAAUGCUAUUUUCUUCAAAACUUGUCAAAGAGCGAAGUGCCCCGGGGGGUGUCGGAACGCGGGCUUCUGCAAUGACAGGCAGGUGUGCGAUUGCACAGAUGGGUUCUAUGGCCCCCAUUGUGAGAAAGCUCUUUGUGCUCCCCGGUGUCUGAACGGAGGGCUGUGUGUCAGCCCCGGAAUGUGUAUAUGUCCUCCAGGUUACUACGGCAUCAACUGUGACAAGGCAAAUUGCACCACAGUCUGUCACAACGGUGGGACCUGCUUUCAUCCAGGGAAGUGCAUCUGCCCUGCAGGGUUCGAGGGCCCUCACUGUGAAAUCGGCAAGUGCCGUCAGCCUUGCAGAAAUGGAGGGAAGUGCACUGGGAGAAACAAAUGCAAGUGUCCUAAAGGAUUCCUGGGGGAUCUGUGUUCAAAGGCUGUCUGUGACCCGGGCUGUGGGGCGCACGGAACCUGCAUGGAACCAAACAAAUGCCACUGCAAAGACGGCUGGCAUGGAAGACACUGUAACAAAAGGUACAGAGCCAGUGUAAUGAGCGCCCUGAGGCCAACCAGCACCAAGCACAAACUGCACACGCCUUCUCCGAAAGAGGCUGACGAGGGCAAGAACCCACCCGAAACCAAUUACAUCUUGUGAGCGCACACUUCUGAACUCUCCAUUUACUUCUUAGACCCAGUUGCCUUUGUGGAUCGACUGUAUUUCUCUGAUUACCAGGGUCUGAAGGCCGGGGUUUCUUAACUUUGCUAUAAACCACUGACCAGCUAAGAAAUGUUCCUUCAUGGUUUUUGUUUCAUUAUAUUGUCAGAAUGGUAAGUUAUGGAAUGAUGACCUGUUGAUAUUUUAUAGAUGUGUGUUUCUAACUGUUCAUUUAUCUGUGCAACCAUAAUGUUUGUUAUCCAAUAUCUGUGGGGUGUGGGGGGAAGCGUUUUGAAAAAUUCAAGGGAAUUACAUCUUGUUUUUAAAAACGUAUGGGCCAUUUGUCACAAACACAUAAGCAUUCUGUUUUUUAAUAAGAAAUGUCAUAUAACUCAGGAUUUAAAACUGUUUGAAUAGGACCACAUAUUACAAAAAAUCAUAAAUAUUCAGUACUGUUUUGUUCCAUAAUUAAAACCAUUCUUUUUUGACAGGUAUUAAAAUGUUGCAGGUAUUCAACUUUGAUCAUUCUAACUAUCAACCUUAAUAUUAAAAUUAAUAAUCUGUACAAACUGACAAAAGGGCAUAUUGUGAUACUGUAUGUAAUAGUUUGUGCUAUCUUGAGAAUUUAAGUUGUUGUAUUAGUCAGCAGGCCACUCAACAAGUAAACAUCCCUGAUGUUAUUUAUUUUUGUGAACCCCAUUUCGAACCCUCAAGCCCCCCUACAUAGCGUCGCAAGGGGUUCCAAAAAAUAAUUUGUGAACUGAACUUCAAGCAUUUGGCGUUUUAAUUUUUUUAAAAUAUAUAAAUAAGAUUUAAUAACUGUUUCUUCCUUUUCGGGAGAACACAUUAAAAUUAAAUGUACUUAGACUUGAAACACACGUGUUUGAGGAUUUUAGUUCUUGUUACUUUUUAAUUGCCAUUACCAAAUGGUAAUAAUGAUUCUUACAUUAGCACUGUUGUAUUGAAACUGCAUACUAUAUUGUAAACCAAAAAAAUGCAUUUAUUUUAUUUUCUUUCAUAUGUACGCAAGUAUGUAUUAAAAUGAAAUAUGUCUGUGCUGUCUUUGCUAUGAACGCUUUUAAAUCACAAAUCAUGA